UGUGUGUGUUUUACUGUUCAGAAAAAGUAUCUUGUGCUGGAUUUUCCAUGUAUGAUUCUGUCUGGGACCCGACGAUGUUUGUUUAUUGGUUUUAUAAGCAUCUAUUUAAAUUUAGUUUUUGCAGGAAAUACUCCCCGUUGCCACAGGGUGUAGUUUACGGAUUAGAAAAUACUGCUGGAGAAAGCUGCUAGUGGCUUCAUUUUCCAAGAAUCUAUGAAGCCUACAUAGUGGAACACCACGAUGCUUCUCCUGUAGAGAGUGUGAUGAGGAGCGGAGUUCGGCUUUGGCGUUCUCGGAGCAGAGGAAUUGCCGAGGCCUCGGCGCCCAGCCCUGCCGGCGAGGGAGCCCGCACACAAUGAACAAGCUGAACUUCCAUAACAACAGAGUCAUGCAGGACCGCCGCAGCGUGUGCAUUUUCCUCCCCAACGACGAGUCUCUGAACAUCAUCAUCAAUGUUAAAAUUCUGUGUCACCAGUUGCUGGUCCAGGUGUGUGACCUACUCAGGCUAAAGGACUGUCACCUCUUUGGACUCAGUGUUAUACAGAAUAACGAACAUGUAUAUAUGGAGUUGUCACAAAAGCUUUAUAAAUAUUGUCCAAAAGAAUGGAAGAAAGAGGCCAGCAAGGUACGACAAUGCGAAGUCACUUGGGGUAUUGACCAGUUCGGACCUCCUAUGAUCAUCCACUUCCGAGUGCAGUACUAUGUGGAAAAUGGCAGGCUGAUCAGUGACAGAGCAGCAAGAUACUAUUAUUACUGGCACCUGAGAAAACAAGUUCUUCACUCUCAGUGUGUGCUCCGAGAGGAGGCCUAUUUCCUGCUGGCAGCCUUUGCCCUGCAGGCUGAUCUUGGGAACUUCAAAAGGAAUAAGCACUGUGGAAAAUACUUUGAGCCCGAGGCUUACUUCCCAUCUUGGGUUGUUUCCAAGCGAGGGAAGGACUACAUCCUGAAGCACAUUCCGAACAUGCACAAAGAUCAGUUUGCCCUGACCGCCUCCGAGGCUCAUCUUAAGUACAUCAAAGAGGCCGUGCGGCUGGACGACGUCGCUGUCCACUACUACCGACUGUACAAGGAUAAAAGGGAAAUUGAAGCUUCUCUGACCCUUGGACUGACCAUGCGGGGAAUACAGAUUUUCCAGAAUUUAGAUGAAGAGAAACAAUUACUUUAUGAUUUCCCCUGGACGAAUGUUGGAAAGCUGGUGUUUGUGGGUAAGAAAUUUGAGAUUUUGCCAGAUGGCUUGCCCUCGGCCAGGAAGCUCAUUUACUACACGGGGUGCCCCAUGCGCUCCCGGCACCUCCUGCAGCUCCUGAGCAACAGCCACCGCCUCUACAUGAACCUGCAGCCCGUCCUGCGCCACAUCCGGAAGCUGGAGGAAAACGAAGAGAAGAAGCAGUACCGGGAGUCCUACAUCAGCGACAACCUGGACCUUGACAUGGACCAGCUGGAAAAGCGGUCCCGGGCCAGCGGGAGCAGCGCGGGCAGCGUGAAGCAUAAGCGCCUGUCUCGUCACUCCACCGCCAGCCACAGCAGUUCCCACACCUCGGGCAUCGAGGCGGACACCAAGCCCCGGGACGCGGGGCCCGAGGACAGCUACUCCGGCAGUGCCGUCCACCGCAAGCUGAAGACCUGCAGCUCCAUGACCAGCCACGGCAGCUCGCACACCUCCGGGGUGGAGAGCGGGGGCAAGGACCGGCUGGAAGAGGACUCCCAGGACGACGAAAUAGAGAUGUUGGUUGAUGACCCCAGGGACCUGGAGCAGAUGAACGAAGAGUCCCUGGAGGUCAGCCCAGACAUGUGCAUCUACAUCACGGAGGACAUGCUCCUGUCGCGGAAGCUGAAUGGACACUCUGGGCUGAUUGUGAAAGAAAUCGGUUCUUCCACCUCCAGCUCCUCAGAAACAGUUGUCAAACUUCGUGGCCAGAGUACCGAUUCUCUUCCACAGACUAUAUGUCGAAAACCAAAGACCUCCACCGAUCGACAUAGCUUGAGCCUCGAUGACAUCAGACUUUACCAGAAAGACUUCCUGCGCAUCGCAGGCUUGUGUCAAGACACUGCUCAGAGCUACACUUUCGGAUGUGGCCAUGAACUGGAUGAAGAAGGCCUCUACUGCAACAGCUGCUUGGCUCAGCAGUGUGUCAACAUCCAAGAUGCUUUUCCAGUCAAAAGAACCAGCAAAUACUUUUCUCUGGAUCUCACUCACGAUGAGGUUCCGGAGUUUGUUGUAUAAAGUCCAUCUGCGUGCAGCUCUGCGGCCGCCUGCCGUUGGCCAGAGGCUGUGAAAGCCAUGAGUUCUUUCUUAUUUCUUGUGCCAUAUCUCCUCCGCCCAAAACACGGCUCGUUCUUUAUGAUACUUGCGACGGAAACAAAAGCCUUGGGACAAUUGCACUUUAAGUAUUAUGCAGAGGUCAAAGAGAAUGUACAGCCAGAUAAGUGCCUGGAAGUUCAUGAUCCUUUGAAAGGAAAUGUGCUUUACUGGUUACCAAGCCUUCAAAAUAUUGGACCGUGGUGUGUUUGCUGAUCGUUUUGGUUUUUGGUUCAGUCACACAUAACAUCAUGUUUUUUACCAUGUGAAUGUGUUGUUAGGUUUGUUUGCCUGUAAAUUUUUUUUAUUGCUCCCUCAUGAAAUGCCCACGUUUUGAGGGAGGAGAGAAAAGAGUCUCUCUUCUUUUACUGGAGAGGCCUUGCCUAGUCCAGAGCCAUUGCCGCCUCCCUGGGGCUGUCCCAGAGCAGGCAGAGUUCUGUGGUUCUAGAAGCCAAAGAGACGUACAGAACAGAAGUGCAGCCCAGGGUAACCCCGAAGACGCGAAUGAAGCAGCACCCGGGAGACUGCACGCUGCGAUGCCUCCCCCCGGUCAGUGCCACGUCGGCCUGCUCUUCCAGCUCAGUUGUGUUCACGUCAUAAUGUAUUUUGUGGAAUUUCCAACACUGUUUUCUGUUAAAACUAUGGAAAUGUCUUAGACAUUUUGUACUUAGCGUUGUACUUAGUGUUGUUGUUUUUUAAAUAAAUCAAGAACAGAUUAUGGUAAUGCUAGUUUCUGCUUAACCAAAAAUACCCUAACUAUACACAUGUUAUUAUACAUAUAUAAAUACACGAGAUGGUGCGUGUGUAUAUGUGUUGAAAGCUUCCAUGACUAUCUUGUAAACAUGGUUUGUCUUGUUUAAUAUGGAGGAUGUGUCAUUGAAUGAAUGAUACCUACAGACAAUCAGCUGACAUACAUAGUUAAAAAAUGACUAUUUUCUCAUGUGAUUUUUGCCGUGAUUCUCAACCCUGGUUGCAUAAUAGGUUUUUUUUUGGAGAGGUUUAAAAAAUAUAUAAUGUCUGGGUCCCACCUCCAAUGAAUUAAAUGAGCCUCUUGCGGUGAGACCCAGGUGGAAUUGCCGUUUCCUUUAAAGUUCCCUAAAUGGAGCUGAUAUGCAGCAGAGUUGAAAACCACUGAUUAAGAGGAUGUCUUUUUAUUAAUUUAAAAGUAAAAGCAGAAAGUGUUAGAGUUUGAGAAGGGGCUGUUUGUAAGACAGUUACUGCCACUACUGUUAGGUAUAAAGGAAACCAAGGGAGUGAACGUGUGAACCUUAGAUGUACAGUGAUGAUGUUGCUCUCUCUCCAGGGGAGAAUGUUAGCACAAUGACUUUCUAUGAGCUGUUUUUAAUGAUUUCAUAUUUAAAACAUUUGUUUACCAUAUUUUGAUAUACCAUUUUUUCUACCUACCAGGUUUUAUUAAAAAAACAGCUAUAUAUUAUUUUCUAAAGAAACAGUCAUAUUUUUAUACAAAAUUAAGUUUUCAGGUAACAAAGACAUAGAUUUAGGGCACAGCAGAAUGUGCAGUGUUACCCAUGCAUGGGAGUCAGUAUUACGGACACACGGAGAACACGAACAAGCCCCACCUGUCCUGCCCCCACGUGUCCCCACGUGGGUGCGGCAGGGCCAUGUUGCACGCACAAGCCUGGUCAAUCAGUCUAACGUGACACUGUAAGAGAAAAAAAAUUUCUAUAGAAUUUUGUGGUCAUGGAACUAUUUUACUUCUAUCAAAUGUUUUGAACGAACCAAAGUUUCAGAUAUAAGAAUGUAUGAAAGUAUCUCAGUCUCUGUAUAAAAGGGUGAAAGUAUGAAAGGAUCAUCUAAUGACAGUUUUGCUUAGAAGUCAUUAUAACCCACUAUUUCCUAUAGAUGCUGGAGGGACAAGUCCUGGUGAAGUUGGACUGUAAAGGGCCCCCAGGUCAAUGUGCUGCGUUUCCCUUGCUCUCAGUGUUUCUUGCAAACAUCAAGAAGAAAACAUAAAUUUAUUUACUAGGUAGCGCUUUAUACUUGCUUUUCUCUCGACUUCAACCUGAGUCAAGUCUUCAGGGUUCUGCCAGCACUGUUGGUGGUUUGCACGCCUUCUUUCUAAUUGGGUGGAUGAAUAGUCUUGUAGGUUUUCCAAAAUGAAACAUGCUGAGGGCAUCUUUGCUUUUUGAUCCACUGUUUGCAGCAGGAUUAUAUAUAUGUACAUGAAAAUCCAUUUUGAAUACCUACAUUUUUGUAUUUGGAAAUUGUUUUAAAAAAGAAAAGAAAAAAGUAUAAAGCUGUUAUUUAUUCUGCAUUUGUUAAUACCCAUUGCUUCUACAUUUGUAUUUGCAACAGUGAGCUUUAUAUCUACACAAACUGUAAAUAAUCCUUUCUGUGAAAGGAUCAUAUCGGGAUGAUACCAAAAGUGUGUAAAAAAAAACAAAACUGCAUUAUUUUGUAAUUAUUCUUAUAGGCAUUUCAUGGUAAGAUUAACAGUCAAUAAAGUUACUUUUUAUUUGUCUUUGA